GUUUCUGAAAGUAGCAGGUUUAUCAGAUCGCUAUGGCCCGUACCAAGCAGACCGCCCGCAAAUCCACCGGAGGGAAAGCUCCCCGCAAGCAGCUCGCCACCAAGGCAGCCAGGAAGAGCGCCCCGGCCACCGGCGGAGUCAAGAAACCUCACCGUUACCGGCCCGGCACAGUCGCUCUCCGGGAGAUCCGCCGCUACCAGAAAUCCACCGAGCUGCUCAUCCGCAAACUGCCUUUCCAGCGCCUGGUCCGGGAGAUCGCUCAGGACUUCAAGACCGACCUGCGCUUCCAGAGCUCAGCCGUCAUGGCUCUGCAGGAGGCCAGCGAGGCUUAUCUGGUCGGUCUCUUUGAGGACACCAACCUGUGCGCCAUCCACGCCAAGAGGGUCACCAUCAUGCCCAAGGACAUCCAGCUGGCCCGCAGGAUCCGAGGCGAGAGGGCUUAGAUCCAACCCGCACAGCCUCCCAUCAGCACAAAGGCUCUUUUCAGAGCCACCAAA